AUUCAUCGGUUACAGAACUCUUCGAUCAUAAUCACUCUCAUUCAUGACUCUGGUGACUGGUUCACUAUGGUAGGGUUUUAGAGGGACAGCAGUGGUCGACUGGUCGUCUCUUCCUCAACGCUUUCCCCAAUUUCCCUCAAAACAUACGUCUCUCUCUCUAGUGUAUGUGUGUGUGUUUCUGCAUGUAAAAUGGGGACACCAUCGUUAAGACUCCGUCUGGUGUUCGAAGAUCGUUCGAUUCUCAGCAAAACACAGCGAUCGGACGGCAUGAACCACAGCUGGCUUCUCCUCAAAUCGCAACAACACCCAACAAUCUCCGAUAUCUGCUCACAUCUUCUCCGCAUUUUCAAACUCCAUCGCUCUUGCCCUAAUGGGAUCCUCCUCUCUAUGGAGGGAUUUACAUUGCCACCUUUUGAGUCAACUGAAAUCUUGAAAGACAAGGAGAUUAUUUGUGUGAAAAAGAAAGGCGGCACGACACCUGACGCAGGUAAUUUGAUCGAUGAAGAUGAAGAUGACGUGUCGGAACCAGGAGAUGACGGUUUGCUACUUUUAGAAAAUAAUAAAUCCGUUAAGGCUGGAGAAGACCAAAGUACAUCUGUCGAGUUUGAUGAAGAACAGUCACACGAUGAAGAGUUACCCGAAGAAGCAGUUUCCAAAAAAAGAAAAGCCUCCACAAAUCUUCCGAACUCGAAAAAAAAGAGAUUACGUGUGGGGGUGUCGGAUGACGAUGAAGAUGAGGUUGAAACAGAGGAAACUGAAAACGUUGACGACGAUGCAUCUCGUCCCAUGAAGAUCAGUAGUAAGAAGGGGACUGAUAUAAAAGCUGCAACAAGUAACAAAAAAGUUAAAUCUCCUUCCGUUGCAAAACGGAGUGAAGAUCUUCAAGAGAAUGCUAAAGAAGUCAAUCAAGCAUCUGAUGCUCCUGUGGCUAAAAAGCUCCCUAGUAGAAGCGCUAGACGGAAAAAGGCUAAAAGACAAUGGAUGCGAGAACUUGCUAAAAUAGGAAAAAAGAAGCCGCAAGCAAAUUCAAAGCCUGAAGUAAAUAAACGUAAGAACGAAGAGGCUAAUGGUCAGCCAAAGGGACUACUAUACUGGAAACAGGCUUCUGAACAGCCUGUGCAGAAUGGGGAUGUGGGUCCCGUUGUAACCCGGCCCGGGCACAUUCGGUUUGAAACACCCGCCAGAGAUCGAGCUGCAAAACAGACUGGAGUAUUCAGUGAAACUUGUAAGCGGAAUAGUGGUAGUAGCAGCAAGAGAAAAGGUCAAAAAUGGAGUAGAGAAAAGUUCAAAAAGGACGAGGCUAAAAUAAGAAAUAAAGAAUUAUUCAAAAUGUUGUUUAAAGAUUCGCAAGUACCUGUAAUUGACAUUAACGACUUUGACAAGCUUCCUCCUUGCUCCGAACCAAAGGAAGGUGAUGUGAUUGCAUAUCGUCUGCUCGAGUUAAACUCUUCGUGGAUCCCCGAGUAUUCAUCGUUCCGGGCUGGAAGGAUAUCUUAUUAUGAUGCCAAGGACAUUGUCUUGAUCCCCGUGCCAGAAUAUCCUAUCGUUACGGAACAGAUUAAUGAUAACGGGCCCAACGAUCCUCUUUACGGAGAAGAUGGUAGUUUAGAGAUAAAUUAUUCAGCCCUUGUUGAUGUUCGCAACAUCAUGCAACAUGAUCCAGAUGCCAUGGAAAUAGUCAAUAUUGGUACUAGUCAAAGUCAAACUCCCCCAAGCAAGGUUGCUGCAAAAAAUUUGGUGUUUAACGUUAAUGACAACAACAUAGAUGUGACAAAAGUCAACAAUCCAGGAGAAGAAGUGAGUCCAUGGGACCGUUUCAGCUCUAAGAUCACAGAAACGCCCAAGCCAAAUGGCCCAAAUCAUUCUGGGCUGAACCCAUCUUCAUACAGUGGGCCUGGCCCAAGUACAAGUACGGUUCCAGAUGCUGAUAAACCAGAGUCGUCCGGGGUGAAAGAAGGGCAAAAAGGUAAUUCUUCUGAUCCAUGGUCAGCUGCUAGUAAGCCUGAUCGUGUUCAAGAGAAUAACGCCAGCUGGUCAGAUGCAAAGCAGAAGGCCCCCACCGAGAACAAUUGUGAGAAUGGAAGUUCAUGGGGAAGACCAUGGUCUGCGUUUGUCGUCUCUAGGGCUAGUUCGGUCAUUCAACCAGACAAAGAAAAUGACUGGCACGCAGGGAGUUCUCGUGGCAGUGGGAAACCAUGGUCACGUGGGGCUCCGAGAGGUCGAGGACGUGGUCAAAACCGUGGCCGUGGCCGUGGUCGAGGGCAAAAUGGGUAAUUUGACAUGAAUGAAAGGGUUGGUUUUUUAGCCUGUGUUUCAAGAUGUGGAAGCUAAGGCAAAUUUUGCGGUAUGCAACCCGGUGUCCGCUAUUAUAAACUUGCACCCUAACCCUAGAAUAUAUAUGUUUGUAUAAAGAUUGUUUUCUUUUCCAGUAUGUGGUGGAGUAAACUAUCUAUCUGCUAACUCCUUUGAUUUUCUGAGUGUUUAAUGAGCUAAUCUCUUAUAUUAAACUAGAA